AAUAUUUAAAUCAAAACUUAAAAAAUCAUGGAAAACUGUACUCCUUAAUUUAAUUGGUUAAUGGUUCUGUAGAGGGCAGCACGAUGUUCCAGUAUUUUGCCCUUCAAUUUCAAAAAUAUUGUUUACAAACAUUUCUAACUUAAAAUUAAUUAACGCAACAAAUUAAUAUCGUCCCAGACCCGCACUAUAGUUUAAAGUAAGUAAAUAAUGAACCCAGGAUAAAACAUUCGACGAUUCAAAGUUUAAUAAAAUCUGACCAAAGUGACAUAACCUCACUGUUCGCGGGAUAACCGGCUAGUUUGAAAAUAUGGAGGAUAGUUUGCAGUCAUCCCAAAAGGCCGUUAAAAAUCUCAGCGACGAAUUGGACAGUUUGCUCGAUAAUCUCGAUCAAGUGGUGUCAUCGUCGAGUUCCCUCAUCGACAAUCAAGACUUGAUACAAGCAACUGUGACAUCGCAGAAAAUCGAUCUGGGCAGUCCGGAUGCGGUGGAGACGUUCGUGAACAUAAAGAAUGUGGCUGACAAAAUUUUGUUGAUGGACGAUGACUCAGAGGUGGCACGAAAAGUUUGGCCUGAGACUUCGUCGGAAUAUCUGAGGCAGGCGGAGGAGAAGAUUCGCGAGCUGGACUCGGCCACGGACACGGUUUUGAAAGCAAUGGCCCAUCUACGCGUUGCCAUAAUGGGGGACAAAUGUAAACACGGGACACUGGAAUCAACCAAGAGUGAAAGAAGUGAAACUGAUGUCAGUACUUUUGAUAAUGCUGUAACAUCAUCCCCACUUGAGAAGAAGUAAGUGAUUUUGUUUAUCAGAGUCAAAAAUGUUUGCUACUGUAUCUUAUAAAUGACUUUAGGAAAGUAUUCAACACAAAAUAUAUAAAGUAGGAUUUUUAGUUAAAACUAUUUUUGUAGAAAUUUUAAUAAAACAAAUUGAAUUUUAA